AAUUUGGUAAUUUGAAUAGUUGGCUAAUGAAAUAAAAAAUACAAAAUGUCUGACGAAGAAAUGGAAAAAUUUGAAAUUACUGAUUUUGAUCUGGACAAUGAGUUUAACAUGAAUAGACCUCAAAGAAGAUUGACAAAAAAUCAGGCUAUUUACGGAGUUUGGGCAGAUGAAGAACAAGGUGAUAGUGAUGUAGAACCAUCAGGAUUUAGUGGUCGAGGAAGGAAAGAUAAAAAAUAUAAACAAAAUUAUACUGCUCCAGUAUCUUUUGUAGCUGGAGGUAUUCAGCAAGCUGGUAAAGAUAAAGAAAAGAAAGAAAGUAAAGAAGAUAAUAUACAUGAAGAAUCUGAAAGUUUAAAUGUUAAUAUAUCUUCAAGUGAUGAUGAAAAACCAUCAUUUAGUUUUGAUAUUGAUCAAGAAUUAGCUGGUUUGCGUAAAAAACGUUCCCAAGUUAACCCAUCUUUAAUAAACAAAGGUUUAGGAGAUUGGGAAAAGCAUACAAAAGGAAUUGGAGCAAAACUUUUGCUAGGAAUGGGUUAUCAACCUGGUCAUGGUUUGGGCAAAAAACUUCAAGGAAUAACAGCUCCUAUUGAAGCUAAUCUAAGAAAAGGAAGAGGAGCAAUUGGAGCAUAUGGUCCAGAAACUAAAAGUAGGCCAAUGAAAUUAGAUGCUGAUAGAUCAUCUGAUACGUCUAAAGAUGGUGAUAAACCAAAGGCUACAGUAUCUAAAUGGCGAAAAAAAUCUAAAGCAGAAAAAACACAAUAUAUUUAUAAAACAGUUGAAGAUGUAAUUGAAGAAAGUAAACAUCCAGGGCAAAGAAAGAGAGAAUUUAAUGAACUUAGUAGAGUGAAAGUAAUAGAUAUGACAGGUCCUGAACAAAGAAUUCUGUCAGGUUAUCAUGCUAUAUCUGGUGUAAAAAAACCAACAGAUCAAUGGGAAAUUCGAAAAGAUAAAAAAUUUUCUAAUUUUGAUAUGCCAGAAUUGUUACAUAAUCUUAACCUAUUAGUUGAAAUGGCUGAACAAAAUAUAAUUUCAAAUAAUCAAGAACUUUGUAACAGUGAAGAUAGACUUAUUGUGAUAGAGAGAGAAACCAAUAAACUGGAAGAAUCUAUUGAGGAUAAAAAUAAAGCAAUACAUUGUCUUGAAAAAAUGUUAGUCGUUAUGGAAGAGCUUAAUAAUGCUUUACAAAAUAAUACGCUUAACAGUAAUGAAGCUAUUAAGAAAUUGACAUUUUUAAAAGAAAAUUAUUAUCCAGAUUAUCGCCUAAAUGGUGGUUCAAUUUUAGCAUCAUCUAUUGCUCAAAUAUUGAUUAAAGAAAAAUUAUCUACAUGGGAUCCUUUACAAGAUCCAUCAAUGCCUUUUGAAGAACUAAACAAAUGGAAAGCUCUUUUAAUUUUAGAUGAUCCAUGUGCUAUUGAAACACAAUCAAGUGAUGAAUUUCAAAAUUUAAUUUGGCAAGCUUGGUUUCCUCAAGUUCAAAAAUCUUGUGGACAAUGGAAGUGUCAUGAUUCUAAUAGUAUGCUAAAAUUAAUUGAACAGUCAGCAGAAGUUAUUCCUAAUUGGAUAGUUAUUCAAGUUUUAGAAACUAUGAUUUUACCCAAAAUACAAUCAGAAGUUGAACAGUGGGAUCCAUUAACAGAUUUAGUGCCUAUUCAUGUUUGGGUCCAUCCUUGGUUACCAUAUCUAAGUAAACAUUUUGAAACUAUUGUUUAUCCUACUAUUAGACAAAAGUUAAGUGUAGCAUUAAAUGCUUGGCACCCAUCUGACAAUUCUGCUAAACUCAUGCUUCAGCCUUGGGUAAAUGUAUUUCAACAAGGUCAUAUGGAAGCAUUCUUAAUUAACAAUAUAGUUCCAAAAUUGCAAGCUGCUCUUCAAGCGUUUGUAAUAAAUCCACAUCAUCAACAAUUAGAUAAUUGGAAUUGGGUUAGUACAUGGAUAGAUUUAUUACCUGUAAAUACUUUGGUGUCGCUUCUCGAACAGCACUUCUUCCCUAAGUGGCUUAAAACACUUACCAUGUGGAUAAAUAUGAAUCCAAAUCAUGAACAAAUAAGUAACUGGUAUACUGGAUGGAAAUCAUUAAUGCCUCCUUCAAUUAUUGAACAUCCAUCAAUUAAAGGUCAAUUUCAUGCUGCUUUGGAUAUAAUGAGUAGAGCAGUAGGAGGACCUUCAAUGCCAGCACCACCUCCACCUCCUACAAUCCAUGGUGGACUAGCUGAAGCAGUUCGUACUGCAACUCAAAUGCCCCAUGGUUUUAAAGAACUUGUUCAAAAACGAUGUGAAGAACGAGGUAUAUUAUGGAUGCCAAUUCCUGGUCGUUAUAGAGAGGCUAAACAAAUUUAUCGAUGUGGAGCAAGACUGCAAGCAUACAUUGAUCGAGGAGUUUUGUUUGUAAGCCAAGAUGGUUCUAAAUUUGUACCUACAUCUGUUCAGUCCAUGCUUGAAUUGUGUGAAUAAAAACAUUUAAAAAGCCUAUAGACUUAAAUAUUCUAUACAUUUGUAUUUUUAAUUUAAAUGUAUAUUUACUUUUACUCAACAAGUUUUGUAAAAUAUAACAAAAUAUUAAACAAUGUUCAUCAUUAAAUAUUUCUAGAGUAUGUGUAAA